CGGAAUAAACGCCAUAAAGGGGAGUUUAAAUGUGGCGCCCGACCAAUCAGCGCGCGCCCUUCCAGAGUCUUCCCGGCCCGCCGCCUCGAAGCCUUGACGGGAAUCUGGUCCGUACAGCUCAUUCGGAACCAAGUCCAAAUCUCCACCAUGGCAGCAGAACAGGACAUGCCCACCUUUAAAUUGGUGUUGGUUGGUGAUGGUGGUACUGGUAAAACUACCUUUGUUAAGCGUCACUUGACAGGAGAGUUUGAGAAGAAAUAUGUAGCCACCCUUGGUGUGGAGGUCCAUCCUCUUGUUUUCCAUACAAAUAGAGGACCCAUUAAAUUCAAUGUCUGGGAUACUGCUGGCCAAGAGAAAUUGGGAGGUCUUCGUGAUGGUUACUACAUCCAGGCUCACUGUGCCAUUAUUAUGUUUGAUGUUACAUCUAGAGUCACGUACAAGAAUGUUCCCAACUGGCACAGAGAUCUUGUGAGAGUAUGUGAAAAUAUCCCAAUUGUACUCUGUGGAAACAAGGUUGAUGUGAAGGACCGCAAAGUUAAGGCGAAAUCCAUCAUCUUCCACAGGAAGAAGAAUCUUCAAUACUACGACAUCUCAGCCAAGUCAAAUUACAACUUUGAGAAGCCCUUCCUGUGGCUGGCCCGUAAGCUGAUUGGUGACCCCAACCUGGAAUUUGUUGCCAUGCCUGCCUUGCUCCCACCCGAGGUGCAGAUGGACCCACAAUGGCAACGGCAGAUCGAGAACGACCUCCAGGAAGCUUCCCAGACCGCCCUCCCAGAGGAUGAUGAAGACUUGUAAAUCUAGAGUGAUAAUGAUAGUCAAAUACAGACUAAAACUAUAUUUGUUGAUUGGUUGCAUAUAAUCGGAAUUAUUGUUGAUACAACAAAUGCCUUGCCUCAGCAGCUCUCUUAUUUGGUAUAAGAAGUAAUCCUCUAUUUUUUACAUUGCUCUUUAUUAUUUUCAUCAAAAACGAAGUGGCUUGCUUGGAGCUUACACAUCCGUGCAAGAUAAAACGUGACUCAAACAAAAACAUUCCUUUUUUUCCUUGCUGCAAGAGGUUGCUAAUAGAAGCCUGGAAUAACUAAUUUCCAAUUGACUAGCGGUACUAUGUCAAUUAUAUACCAAACUUUUUUCUAAUAAACUAUAUAAAUAA